AUGAUGGGGAUCUUUUUGGCGUAUGUUGGAUUUGUUUUCUUUUCCGUUUUAUAUGUACAACAAGGGCUCUCUUCUCAAGCAAAAUUCACCGAGUUUCCGCGGAACGUGACAGCGACCGAGGGGCAGAAUGUGGAGAUGUCCUGCGCUUUCCAGAGUGGCUCUGCCUCGGUGUACCUGGAGAUCCAGUGGUGGUUUCUGCGGGGGCCCGAGGACCUGGAGCCCGGGGCCGAGGUGGCUGGUGCGCAGGUGGAGCUGGUGCCCGACCGAGACCCGGACAACGACGGGACCAAGAUCAGCACAGUGAAAGUCCAAGGCAAUGACAUCUCUCACAAGCUUCAGAUUUCCAAAGUGAGGAAAAAGGAUGAAGGCUUGUAUGAAUGCAGGGUGACAGACGCUAAUUACGGAGAGCUGCAGGAACACAAAGCCCAGGCCUACUUGAAAGUCAAUGCCAACAGCCAUGCUAGGAGGAUGCAGGCCUUUGAAGCCUCGCCCAUGUGGCUGCAGGAUAUGAAGCCUCGCAAGAAUGUCUCACUGGCCAUUCCCAGCAGCAUCCACAGCUCUGGCAACCAGCGAAUGCACUCCACCUCCAGCCCUCAAGCGGUAGCCAAAAUCCCCAAACAAAGUCCACAAUCAGCAAAGAGCAAAUCGCCUGUAAAAUCUACGGAGCGGACAGCAAAGUUGACCCUAAACUCCAAGCACCAUUCUGCACCCACUGUUCUCUAA